UCCUAUCCGUGCUCGAGUCAGUGCUCUGAUGCCUGGAUCCAACACCUGCAUCAGUUCCACUGGGACUACAUCUUCUCCUGACUGAUUGUGCUGGGGGCUCUGCCUGUCUCCAGCACUCCCGACCCUCAGCUGCCACCACCACCUGGAAACCCCGAUCGAGUCAAGCUUCACGGAGUGGAAACGUCAUUUCCCACAAGGACAUGAAAGUGCUGGUCGACAGCGGGAAUGCUCGGAUUAUCGAUGUUCGGUUGCCAGGGGAGGUGGCGAAUGGCCAUAUUGCCAACUCGGUCAAUAUUCCAGUGGCAGAAGUUGAGGAAGCCCUGAAAAUGGACCCCGAGACAUUUAAGAUGAAGUAUGGUGUGGACAAGCCACGGAUGGAUGACGAGAGCUUGAUCUUCCACUGUCAGAUGGGCAGGAGAGGGGCUCAAGCCACAGAGAUCGCCAUAAAUCUUGGCUACACCAAGGCCCGUAACUACACAGGUGGCUACAAGGAAUGGUCUGAGAAGGAAGUGAAGUGAAGUGGGAACGAGUCCGCGAGGGCUGGAGUCUGUCCCUCCACGCCCAGCAUCUGGCUUUGCCCUGAGGACUCUUCUUUCGCUUUCUUGCUGCAACGUCAUCCCAUUGCUGCUGACACCCGGUGCUGGGAUGGGAACGCUCUAGGCCCUGGUGGGCUCUUGACUAACGCACCUGUCUGAGAAGCUGCCACUCUGCUUUCCGCCUCACCUUCCAGCCCAGUGUCUCACCUGAUCCAAAUGUAGUCACCCCCCCUGCCCCCAAAAGCAGCUGGGGGUUCAGAUACUUUAUUGGGGGUGAGGAGAUAUCUGCACCCCCCCAUUCACUCUAUCUCCCCCACUUCCCCAUGGAAUCUGGGACCCCAUCCAUAUGCUUCCCAUGGGGUAAGUCCUCAACUCUUAAGGAGGUAGAUUUGAUGAUCAUUUUCCUACCCCACCUCAUUCUCCAGCUGAAUCUGCUGCUUCCAACUGUAGCCUGUUAUUUCUAGAACAUGCCAGGUGCCCCUCAGCCAUCUCUGCUCGGGGGAUUUUCUCUGCAGCUACGCCUGGAAAAGAGAGCUCUCUAGCAUUACCUCUGAUGUAGUACAUGGCUCUGAUAAGGGGUGGGACGUAUGUAAAGGAAGGAAGAAUCCCAAGCACUGCUACAGGCUGAGGAUUGACUGGCUAAGCAACAGUUCUGCAGAAAAGGACCUGGGGAUUAUAGUGGACCAGAAGCUGGAUACGAGUCAGCAGUGUGCCCUUGUUGCCAAGAAGGCUAAUGGCAUAUUGGGCUGCAUUAGUCGAAGCAUUGCCAGCAGAUCGAGGGAAGUAAUUAUUCAGCAUGGGUGAGGCCACAUCUGGAGUAUUGUGUCCAGUUUUGUCCCUCCCUCACCUCCCACCCCCCCACAGAAGGGAUGUGGACAAAUUGGAGAGAGUUCAGUGGAGGGCAAUGAAAAUGGUUAGGGGGCUGGGACACAUGACUUAGGAGGAGAGGCUGAGGGAAGUGGGGUUAUUUAAUCUGCAGAAGAGUGAGGGGGGAUUUGAUAGCAGCCUUCAACUACCUGAAGGGGGGGUUCUAAAGAGGACAGAGCUCGGCUGUUCUCGGUGGCUGAUGACAGGAGGAGUAAUGGUCUCAAGUUGCUGGGGUGAGGGGUCUAGGUUACAUAUUAGGAAGCACUAUUUCAUUAGGAGGAUGGUGAAGCACUGGAAUGGGUUACCUAGGAAAGUGGUGGACUCUUCAUCCUUAGAGGAUUUUAAGGCCAGGCUUGACAAAGCCCUGGCUGGGAUGAUUUAGUUGGUGUGGGUCCUGCUUUGAGCUGGGGAUUGGACUAGAUGAUCUCCUGAGGUCUCUUCCAACCCUAAUCUAUAAUUGUAUGAUGGCAGCAAGACAACAGUGGAAAUUGCUCAGGGUCAGCCAGGUUUUAUAUUAUAUUAAAGUCUUUGUACAGA